GUUUCGGAGCCCUAUUCUUGCUUCCGUGCUCUCCAAGUUCCAAGGCCAUGGAGAUCGUUCGAUCUCAGAGGAAGCCCGUCGCCGACGGCCCCCCGAACCUCUCUCUCUACCGCUCCGCCCCCCCUCUCGAGGUCCGGCUCGAAGAUUUCGAGCUCUACGCCAUCGAUCGCCUCCGUGUCCUAAAAGGGAUCUCAGAUGGUUUAUCCCGUGGGAAGAAACCCGAGGAGAUGGAAAAAAUGGUCAGUGAGCUGUGGAGGGCAAACAUGAGGCAUCAAGAUGCGUCAGAGGUGAUGAAUAAGGAUAUAAUCUCGCACUUUGUGCUUCGUCUUGUUUACUGUAGAACGGAGGAUUUGAGGAAGUGGUUUCUUUCCAUGGAGACCACACUUUUCCGCUACCGUUUCCGCCUUGAAAGCCCGGAAUCUCAGAGGAUGCUCAUGGCUGAGUUUCAGCUUCCAUACAAAGCACUCAGUAAUGCAGAGUUUGAGAGCGUGAAAGAUAAGUUAGGCCAGGUUGCACGCUCCAUCGGCCAGCCUUCAAAUGCUGAAACGAUCUUCUUCAAGGUACCUUUUGAAGAAGUUCCAGAACUUGUUGCCAGCCGUAGAGUAUUCCUGCUUAAAGGUUAUGCAUAUGUUGCUAUGAAUCAGGUGGUGUCACUUGUUGUCACUCAAUUCCGCAGCAACCUUUCCAAGGCACUUGUUUUAACAAACAGAAAAUGGACAUCUACCAUUAGGGAGCAAGAGAAGGAGAGGUUGACUCCUAUUGUCGAAGCACUAAGCAACAGUUAUUUGGGGCCUGAUUACUCUCAGCCAAAGGAAUUUGCUGAGAUAUGUUUGAAGGACAUUGAUCAACUGGCUAGUAAUUCUUUUCCUCUUUGCAUGCGCCAUUUAUUUGGGAAGUUAAGAGAAGACCACCAUUUGAAGCAUGGAGGAAGGAUGCAACUUGGUCUCUUCCUUAAGGGUGUGGGACUAAAAUUAGAUGAUGCUCUUGCACUCUGGAAAAUGGAGUUCUCUCAGAAGAUUGGCACUGAGCGCUUCGACAAAGAAUAUGCAUAUAACAUACGCCAUAACUAUGGAAAAGAAGGAAAGAGAACUGAUUAUAUACCCUACUCCUGUCAAAAGAUUAUUUCUUCAACUCCUGGUGUUGGUGAUCACCAUGGCUGCCCUUAUCGACAUUUCAGCGAGGAAAAUUUGAGAGCUGCUCUGGGUAAAAUGGGGGUUGGCGGGCAUGCAUUGGAUGAUGUAAUGGAUAAAGUUAGGAAUCGGCAUUACCAGCUAGCUUGCACAUUGACCUUUGAAGCUAUUCAUGCGGCCUCAUGUGAUACUGGGAUUAACCAUCCAAACCAGUACUUCAGCCAAAGUCAAAAAAUUCUGAAAUCCAGGUUCCAGCCCACAACCUAGUUUAUCUCUUGCAGGUAUAAAAGAAGAGUAAAUGUCAUAAUAUUCCAGUACACAGCAUCUUGAAGAACUACGGACUUCAUCCUGCCGAUCAUUCUGUUGGGUUCAAAUGCUGAUUUAAAUGCCAUCUGUCUGCUAAUCGUACAACAGACACCAAACUGAGUGUGAUAUCGUACGUGCAAUUAACCACUGCUUGUCGCUUAUUUGAUAUGCUCCUUGUGCUCUAGCAUAUUGUUGAAAGAAUGUAAGAUACAUUAUUUUCUGCAAGAAACAUCACAAUGUUUAAAAGUUGAUUGUCUAUUUUGUUUUUGGGGUUGCCCAGCAUACUUUGUUUAGGACUUAAUUUUUUUAAAAAUUUAUUAUGCUUCGAGAUAAUUUUAUCAGCUUUUAAUCUGAUCA